AUGGAGGAGUGGCAGGAGUUUCAUUCUGAGGGCCCUGCCAAUAUUCAACGGACUUUCAUCGCUCAGGAUGAGCGCACUGGGGUGCUGAAUAUCGUCCAGGGACGUAUUGAGUCGGGGGAAGGGCCCAGUGCCAACAAGAUGACAUAUUACAGAAAAAGGCUUCAGUUUCCUGGCGAUGGCGACAAAUCAGCCUUGUCCUCUACAGGCCCACUGACAACUGCCGGAUACGGAGAACCUAGCAGUGUUACACACGCCUCAGACCACAACGCUGCCAACCUACGUUUGUUAACUCCGAACGACUCAGUCUUCUGGUGCUACUUAGACCGUCCCUUGCGAAGCCAAAGAAUAAGACUAAGGAUCAAUUUAGCCCAUUUUACUGCGCCUGCCACGCUCAACACUGGAUGCCCAACUCGGGACCAGCGCAUCGAAAGGCACAUGUCAAGAGCAAACCUCUGGUCGCCUCCAGAUUGGGAUAAUGACAAAAAUGUCAAAGCUCUCAAUGCCAUUAUCAGCCCGCAACUUGAGCAAAAUUUUAUUGGGAUGUGGGAUGAGAGAUUAAAAUGCUACACACAAGGAGGCUUGCUCAACACUGUUCUUGAUCCUUCAAUACGUUUACAAGGCACUCGAAGAUGGGCUUUCUUGGAGGUCCUUGGCGAGGAUCUCGGGGCAAGUUGUCCGGAAUCCAGGAUCCAGGAUCCAGAUCCUUCUGCCAACUCGGCCUACGAGGUGGUCUGGAUGACAGAGGUGAUGGCUUUCCAUCGGUGUGCUGAAAAAGCGGAGAUAAACCCGACAGUUUGGUAUCACAAUAAAGUUAUAAUUGGUCAAGCUUUCUUGGUGCUCCACACACCACAAGAAGAGGAUUACAUUGGUGCUAAAUUUUGCAGGUCCAACAGGUACGAAAAGACAUGUGAUCUACAUGCAGGCUGUUUUCGGACUACAUACCCAAAAAGAGCUAAAGAAACACCCAUCCGUACUCAAAGCGAUUCAGAUAAUGUAAUAGUUGUAAAUAACGUUGUAAAGGUCCUCGUUACUGUGACUAAACCUCGCGCGACAUCAGGGGCUGCAAGACGAGAAGCGGUGCUAACCUGA